GGUGACCACGACCCUCAGCUGCUAUAUAAGGUGGAUUUUCUGUAGUUGGAAACAUUCUAGAUCAAGUAUCUGAAUACAUUGCAACAUGUCCACCUUCGCUUUCCUCCUCCUCUGCGUUCAGGCUUGCCUGAUCCAAAACGUCUACGGACAGUGCCUGGGUAGAGGACUGGGAGGCUGCGGCUGUGGAGGCGGCCUGGGUGGCUACGGACUCGGCUACGGCUUGGGUGGAUACGGCGGCGGAUAUGGCUAUGGCGGAUACGGCGGUGGUUAUUACGGUGGCUAUGGCGGCGAGGGCGUCGGUAACGUGGGUGUCGCCGGUGUGCUGCCCGUCGGUGGUGUCACCGCUGUCGGUGGCCGCGUGCCCAUCAUCGGUGGUGUCGAGUUCGGAGGUCCCGCCUGCGCUGGCGGCUGCGUCUCUAUCUGCGGACAUUGCGCCCCUACCUGCGGCUGCGGAUACGGUGGUCGCUAUUACUGAAGAAAUUAACUGGCAUGAUGCAACGAGGUCCUGUUCUCAUGAAAUAUUAACAUUGAAAAUUGACAAUUGAUCGAAAAAUAAAUCUUUGCAAGCAUCAAAA